AUGGCGAGGCUCCUCCGAAACACUUUGUCUCUGAGACGCUUCCUGUUACCCCAGCUGCAGGAACCUAUGAGGGGUUUAUUGGGUACAUCUACACAGAUAUGCAACUUUUCUGCUAAAGGUAAAAAGAAAGCAAAAUCAGAAGCGAGUGACUCAGGUGAAGAAAAUUUGUCAAAGAAAGAUCUAGCACUGAAGCAUGCUUUGGAUCAAAUCACAGCGUCAUUUGGGAAAGGGUCCAUUAUGUGGCUUGGUCGUACAACGUCUUAUAAGAACAUUCCAGUGGUGUCUACGGGGUCAUUUGCUUUGGAUAUUGCUUUGGGAAUAGGGGGACUUCCUAAGGGACGUGUCGUGGAGAUAUAUGGGCCAGAAGCUUCUGGAAAAACUACUCUUGCGUUGCAUGUUAUUGCUGAGGCACAAAAACAAGGCGGUUAUUGUGUUUUUGUUGAUGCUGAGCAUGCUCUCGAUCCAUCUUUAGCCGAGGCUAUUGGAGUAAACACCCAAAAUUUGCUUCUCUCACAACCAGAUUGUGGUGAGCAAGCUCUAAGCCUGGUGGAUACCCUAAUUAGGAGUGGUUCAGUAGAUGUUGUCGUUGUUGAUAGUGUGGCUGCUUUGGUUCCUAAAGGUGAACUUGAUGGUGAAAUGGGAGAUGCACACAUGGCAAUGCAAGCAAGACUUAUGAGUCAAGCACUUCGUAAAUUGAGCCACUCGUUAUCUCUUUCGCAGACAAUAUUGAUCUUCACAAAUCAGGUGCGGGCAAAACUAUCCACCUUUGGAUUUGGUGGCCCCACCGAAGUUACUUGUGGUGGAAAUGCCCUGAAAUUCUAUGCUUCAGUACGUCUUAAUAUUAGGAGAACUGGGCUGGUCAAGAGGGGUGAGGAGACAAUAGGAAGUCAAGUCAGCGUGAAAAUCGUAAAGAACAAGCACGCCCCACCAUUUAGAACUGCCGAGUUCGAGCUCGAGUUUGGUCGUGGCAUCUCUCGGGAGGCUGAACUCAUAAACUUGGGAUGCAAACACAAAUUCAUCACAAAGGCCGCUUCAUUUUUAUAUUUGGGGGGCCAAACUUUUAAAGGCAACGAUGCUCUCAAGAAAUACCUGUCAGAAAAUGAAAGCGCAAGAAACGAGCUCAUGAAUAAGCUUAGAGAGAAACUGGUUGAUAACGAGCCUGAAAGUGAGAAUGAAUCUGUUGAGGGUGCCAAGCAUGAAAGUGGGGACGAAUCACCUGUGGGUCGAGUUGAUGAGGCUGCUUCGUCUGAUACGACUGAUGAAGAAGUUGUUACUGCUGUCGAGGCUUAG